CUUGCUCGUAUUAUCAUUGUCGUAUUGUAUCAAUUUUUCAAUUUUGCACUCUCUUUUUCGUAAAAAGGACGAGGAAUUAGUGGUUUGCGAACUGAAAUAAAAUAAAUUGCUUGAAAAUGGCUGCAACUGCUGUACAAAUAUCAAAUAUCAGUGAUUAUUUAUCAAAAAAGCAACUAGAAAGCCCAAAGGAGCUGAGCUCCGAAUGGGCAGAACUAGAAGAACUUCAUAACAAAAAGCUGUGGCAUCAAUUAACAUUGAAAAUACUUGUUUUCAUAAAGUGCCCAGAAAUACAGAAGGGGGAUAACCUAAUUCAACUAUACAACCACUUCAUUCAAACCUUUGAAAAUAAAAUCAACCCCUUAUCACUGGUAGAAAUUGUUGCAGUUGUUGUAGAGCACUAUAAAGAUCCUAAAGAGGCAAUUACUUUCUUAGAAAAGACUGAACCAAAAGUAAAAGUCAAUCCUGAUGCACAAAAUUUAUGUAAGGUUUUGGCUGGACAGAUUCAUCUUGAAAAACUUAAUGAUUUGGAUGCUACCAAAAAGAUAAUUGAGGAGGUUGAAACAACACUGGAUAAUGCUGAUGGUGUGACAGCUGUACAUGGUAGAUUUUACUUACUUGCUUCUCAAUAUUAUAGGAUACAAGGAGAUCACGCUCAGUACUACAGAACAGCUCUCAGGUACCUUGGUUGCAUAGAUGUGGAGACGUUAACAGACGAAGUUAAAGUGCAACAUGCUUUCUUCUUGGGGCUCGCAGCUCUUUUGGGAGAAGGUGUAUAUAAUCUUGGAGAGUUACUGGCCCAUCCUGUACUAGAAUCAUUGAAAGCGACAGAAAAUGCCUGGAUAAUUGAACUGUUGUACGCAUUCAAUUCUGGAAAUAUCGAUAAAUUUGAAAAAAUGAAAAUUCAGUGGGGAGCAAUUGCAGAUCUUGCUGCCCAAGAAUUAUUUUUGAGACAAAAAAUUUCACUUCUGUGUCUCAUGGAGAUGACAUUCAAGAGGCCGUCUCAUAAUAGGCAAUUGACCUUCGCUGAGAUUGCAAAGGAAACCAAAUUACCCAUCAACGAAAUUGAACUACUGAUCAUGAAGGCUCUAUCUCAAGGAUUAGUGAAAGGUGCUAUUGAUCAAGUUGCCAAUACUGUGAAUAUGACGUGGGUGCAACCUCGUGUUUUGGAUCGCACUCAAAUAUCCAGCAUGGUUGAAAGACUCAAUGAAUGGUGUACACAUGUUGGUACUAUGGAAAAUCUCUUGGAAGAGAAGGCCAGCGAAAUAUUAACACUGUAGUAUGUACUAAUAAAUAAUUUAUAUAUGAAUAAUUUGUGCAAAAUAUUAAUAAAUCGAUUGAUAU